AUGAUAUAUUGUAAAUACUUCUCUAUAUAUUGUGUAUACUAUUUAUAUUUUCUUGUAUCUCAGAAAGAGAAUAUAGAAAAAUUAACAUCACGUAUUAAUUGCUCUCAUUUAGAACGUGGACAGCGUGGUUGUAAUCAUGUUUCUUUUUACACCGAAAUAAGGGAUGAAUUACAAAAUCGUUAUCAAAUGAAUCCAAAUCUUUGUGAUAAAAUAUACCCUAAAGUACAGGAUAUGAAAGUGUUUUCAAAAAUCAUAAAUAUGAUUUACGAAGAGCUAUAUAGAACUGAUAUGUAUACGACCUGCAAACCCCUUCACCAAAAUAUUGACGAAAACACAUUUAAGAAAUAUAAAUCUCUAUUUGAUUAUUCUAUCGACUAUCAACACAUUCAUCUGAAUACACUUAAUCCUGAUACAACAUGUGACGAACAUUAUAGGCGAGUUAUAGAUGAAUAUAUUAAUACAUAUGAAAAUGUACAUUCAAGUUGUAAGGUGAUCAAUGAAAAAAAAUAUGAUUGUGAUAAAAUUUUUUCUUUAUUUGGAAAUAAAAAACACAAGGAUUUAAUUUCACUUAGAUGUAAGAAACUUGAAACGCAGACAUUUUCUUCAGAUAAAGAAGGAGAACGUGCUCAAAAUGGACAUUUAUUAAAUAGAAUUGGGAGUUCAAAUGGGGUUUCUGAUCCUGCAGAUCAUCUUCAUACAGGUAGAAAUCCUGGACGCUUAGAUCAUUCUCAUAGAUAUCUCUCCCAUGCUUCAACAGCACCAUAUGAUUUAGAUACUACAUCCUCCCUUCCCACGGAUGGUACUGCUGAAGGUGGUUCUAAAAAAAAUAUUAUGGGCUCAGUUGUUCCAGUGUUAGGAAUUUCUUCAAUUUCGUUACUCCUAUAUAAAGUUACACCAGCUAGGGGAUUUAUAAACAAAUUACUAAGAAGGAAUGGAAAUAUGUAUAAUCCUGUAGAAUAUAUGGAUGCAUUCAACCCAUAUAGCGAUGGAAUCAUUCCUGGGGAUAGAAGAAUGAACAUAUCCUAUCAUAGAUUAUGA